AUGAUCUCAUCUGUCAUCGCUUCGAACAACCGUGCCAUUGGCAUUAUGGGUUUCCGUAUCACCGAGAUGGGUGGCGAGACUUGGUCUGACGGGGACAUCCACGAUGGCAAGAACGAUCCUGCUGCAAUGCACAAGGGCGAACCGGCCGGGCCGUGUCACGCUUUGACCGAGGAACAGCGAGGCAAGCUCAAGUCCAAGCUCCGACAUCUGGCCCAACUCGAAGGUGGUGCCGAGCAGAUGGACAGAAAUCAAAACCUCCGGAACCUGCUAUGGAUCUCGGCGUUCUGCCGGGUGGGAAUCAUCGAUUUUGAUCAGAACUAUGGGCCUGAAACUUUUAUAAUUUCGUAUCUGGACGAGAAGGUUAUUGAGGACAUGGUGCUGCAGAUGUUUUCGCAUUUGGAGGAGAAAUGGUUGAGAGGGAAGGGCUUGCAGUCCCUGAGGGAUAUGCCUGCGAACAGCAAGCAUCCCAAUGAGGACCCAUCCAAUACUGGUCUUAUGCCUUCCUCAGAGGCAUUUGCCGUGGUUGUGGUCGAAUCUGAAUUGCGGAUCCAGCUGGGUGUGUAA